UUGCCUUUCGUAACGGACCACGUCAGAGAUGAUCAAGGAAGAGCCGCACGGAGUGCUGACUGCUGAGGCAACUGAAUUUAAGGUAGGUGGCGGGGAUUUACCGGCCGUCGAUUACGAGUACGGAGGCAAUCCGAGCUUGCCAGAUCGCAAAAGUUAAUCUCUUGGGGAUGUUUCGAAGCUUGGCAACAUUCUUUGUCGGUCUGAACCCGAGGAUUCGGAUAGCUAGACUGGGGCGUUGUGGUGAUGGGACGAGUAGACGUUUACGAGCGAUGUUGAACCCACACAGUGGCUCGCAGGGAAAGGAAGAUUCAAUAGCCUGUAACCCUUGGAAGUGUAUUUUCAUGUCUUGUGUUGUGAUGCUUCUAUUGCUGACUGUCGGUGAGCCAGAGCUCAGAUGUAGUACUUAGGUAGCUAUCUGAUCCGUCAGAUUCCUCCCACUCGUUGUCAUGAACCGAUCAUUGCGGGCGCUU